GAGAAAAAAGAAAGAUCUUGAUGUUCUGGAAAUGCCGUCUAUUCCAAACCCUUUUCCUGAGCUAUGCUGUUCUCCAUUUACAUCCGUGCUGUCAGCAGGACUGUUUCCCAAAGCAAAUUCAAGGAAAAAACAGGUGAUUAAAGUGUACAGUGAAGAUGAAACCAGCAGGGCUUUAGAGGUGCCCAGUGACAUAACUGCCCGAGAUGUCUGCCAGCUGCUGAUCCUGAAGAAUCAUUACAUCGAUGACCACAGCUGGACGCUUUUUGAGCACCUGCCUCAUAUAGGUGUAGAGAGAACAAUUGAAGACCAUGAGCUGGUGAUUGAGGUGCUAUCUCACUGGGGAAUGGAAGAAGAAAAUAAGCUAUACUUCCGAAAAAACUAUGCCAAAUAUGAAUUCUUUAAAAACCCAAUGUAUUUUUUUCCAGAGCACAUGGUGUCUUUUGCAACUGAAACCAAUGGUGAGAUUUCCCCCUCACAGAUUUUGCAGAUGUUUAUAAGUUCAAGUACAUACCCUGAAAUCCAUGGUUUCUUACAUGCAAAAGAACAGGGAAAGAAGUCCUGGAAAAAAAUUUACUUCCUUCUAAGAAGAUCCGGUUUAUAUUUUUCUACUAAAGGGACAUCAAAGGAACCACGGCAUUUGCAGUUUUUCAGUGAAUUUGGCAAUAGUGAUGUUUAUGUGUCAGUGGCAGGCAAAAAAAACCAUGGAGCACCAACUAGCUAUGGAUUCUGCUUUAAGCCUAACAAAGCAGGAGGGCCCCGAGACCUGAAAAUGCUCUGUGCAGAAGAAGAGCUGAGUAGGACCUGCUGGGUGACCGCCAUUAGAUUGCUUAAGCAUGGCAUGCAGCUGUACCAGAAUUAUAUGCAUCCCUAUCAAGGUAGAAGUGGCUGCAGUUCUCAGAGUGUAUCACCUAUGAGGAGUAUAUCAGAGAAUUCCCUGGUAGCGAUGGACUUCUCGGGUCAGAAAAGCAGAGUGAUAGAGAACCCCACUGAAGCCCUUUCAGUUGCUGUUGAAGAAGGACUCGCUUGGAGGAAGAAAGGAUGUUUACGCCUGGGCAUUCACGGUAGCCCCACAGCCUCCUCACAGAGCUCUGCCACAAACAUGGCUAUCCAUCGGUCUCAGCCGUGGUUUCACCACAGAAUUUCUAGAGAUGAGGCUCAGAGGCUGAUUGUUCAGCAAGGACUCGUAGAUGGAGUUUUCUUGGUCCGGGAUAGUCAGAGUAACCCCAAAACUUUCGUACUGUCAAUGAGUCAUGGACAAAAAAUAAAGCACUUUCAAAUUAUACCAGUUGAAGAUGACGGUGCAAUGUUCCACACUCUGGAUGAUGGCCACACAAGAUUCACAGAUCUAAUCCAGCUGGUGGAGUUCUAUCAACUCAACAAGGGUGUUCUUCCGUGCAAGUUGAAACAUUAUUGUGCUAGGAUUGCUCUUUAACCAAUCCAGAAGUGACUUGCUAAACUAUUGAAGAAGAAGGACUCAAGGGGAAAAAAUUAAAGAGAGACAAUAAAUACAAAUGAAAACUAUGUGAUGUGAAAAGAAUGUAUUUCACCUGCAAGUUGCAAAACAAAGUUUGUGGAUGGUAAAUAAGCAAAGACUUGGAUUGGCAUUAUAUUCAUCAUUUAAAAUUUAUUAGUUAAAAUUAAACCUUAGGGAAAAAAUGACUUUGUGUGUUCAUGUGUGACUUUAUAUUACUACAUUUUCUUCAAAUAUGCACACUACAAAUAUCUAUCUGUCCGUAUUUACUAUAGCAGCAUUAGAUUCUCAAAUACAAACAAUGAAAAAUAAAUUGGUUCAAAAUGAUUUUUCAAAAAUUAUGCUGCUUUUUUAAUAGAAGUAUGGUAAAAACUUGAAUAAUAAAUGAAACUACCCACAAUUUGUUAAUAUAACUAAAAACUAUUUUCAAUUCUAUGUUUUCUGGGUAUAGUAUAACAAUAAAAUCAAAUCGUAUUUUUGAGGUAGCAGCUUAAAAUUAUUUUGCCAUAAAUUGAUUUUUUUCUGGAUUAACUUUCAUUAUGGUAUGGGUUACUAAUUAGACUAUAAAAUCUAUACUAGUACUGUAAUAAUUAAUGGUACAUUGUUCCUUGAAUGUUUAAAAUUUUAUUUAAUGAUUGGCUAGAAAUAUCUUUUUAAGAAGAUGAUCAAAGUAUAGAAAAGAUUCAAAUAAUUUGUACACGUUUCAUGACAUAUAGUAAUUCAGAUCCUUUUGCUGGUAGAUCAUUAGCCUAGUCAAACUAGGUGACGUCAAAGAUUAGAAAUCUAUAUAUCCUACUAGGUAAAUCCUUACUCUUCUCUAUCUUUAUCCUCUUUUAGCUUCUUAUCAUAGCAGCAUGAAUAUGGAAGCCAAAGAUUUUGAUGACUUGAGACACCGAGACUCUUUUGAGGUUCUCUUACCUUCUCUCUAACACGGUCCGGGAAGUGUUUUUAUUUUUAUUCUCUGUUCCCAUUUUUAUUGAAGAUCAUUGUUCUAAACAAAAGGAAAAGAAACAAAACAUGAACUGAACAUUUCCAUCUUAUAAAAUAUUGCCUAUCGGCUGUAACUGACCUUUAUAACAACACUGUAGGAUAGCCAGAUUUUUUUUAAACAAAAUUCAAGUAUGCAUACUUUAGUUUUAGAUCAAAACUAUACAUUUUUGGUAACAAAAUGUGAAAAAUACUCCUGAAGUGCUAUUAAAAUUAUCACUUAAAAUAAUUAUCUGUUAAAUUUUAAAAUAUUCAAUUUACUUUUACACUGUAAACAUUUUUUCUAAAGUACUGCAAGUUAAAACAUUAAUCUAAUGUUACAACAUCCUGGUUUGAUUUGAACAAAAGCUUGGAAGACAGGAUUUCUAAGCGGAACAGUGGGAAGUAAACAUCCUUGCCCCUUUCAACCUUUCAGAAUGGACCUGAGUAUUUCAGAUUUAUUUCCAAUUUAUAAAAACACCUUGUGUUUUGAAUUGGAUUGCAUUUACUCAUUUCAUACCCAGUUCAACUAGGUAAUGUCAUAAAAUAUUAAACUCUGAUAAAUACUAAACUCUGA